AUGGCAAUGAAAGACAGGGACACGCUCCCUGAUGUGUCUAAACCAGUCCAUUAUGAUGUGUCCUUGUUCGACCUGGAGCUUGGUGGAUUAUGGGGUUACAAAGGCAUUGUUAAGAUAGAUUGCAAAAUCAGCCGUCCUACUAAGGAAAUCGUGCUCAAUUGCAAGGAAAUCGAGGUACAGAAUGUGGAGGUUCUCGGUAAAGAUGACUCGAAAUUAGCAGAGGCGUCUGCUAUCACAUACGACAAAAAGUCGGAACGUGUAUCCUUCGGUUUCUCCCAGGAAAUAACGCAGUCGGACAUUGUCUUGUCUAUUGCCUUCAAAGGAACGAUGAACAGUGCUAUGGCUGGCUUCUACCGCUCAAAGUACAGGCCUGUGGUGCAGCCAACUGCCGAUACUCCACAUGAAGACGAUUUCCACUACAUGCUGAGCACUCAAUUCGAGUCCUGCGAUGCUAGGAGGGCCUUUCCUUGCUUCGAUGAGCCAAACCUCAAGUCCACCUUCGAUUUCGAAAUCGAGAUUCCAAAGGGACAAACUGCCUUAAGCAACAUGCCUAUCAAAGCUGAAAAGGAUGGCAGUAAGCCCGGCCUCAAAGUUGUGUCCUUUGAAAGGACACCAGUCAUGAGUACAUAUCUCCUUGCGUGGGCUGUUGGUGACUUUGAGUACGUGGAAGCUAUGACCCAGCGCAAAUACAACGGGAAAAGCAUACCCGUCCGUGUCUACACCACGAAGGGUCUCAAAGAGCAAGCUCGGUUUGCCUUAGAAUGUGCUCAUCGUACCGUCGACUAUUUCUCUGAAGUCUUCGAGAUCGAGUAUCCCUUACCCAAAGCGGAUCUUCUCGCUGUCCACGAGUUCGCUAUGGGUGCCAUGGAGAAUUGGGGUCUCGUCACAUAUCGAACGACUGCAGUUCUCUUUGACGAGGGCAAGUCUGACACUCGCUACAAGAAUCGCAUCGCAUAUGUUGUUGCCCAUGAGUUGGCCCACCAAUGGUUCGGCAACCUUGUCACAAUGGAUUGGUGGAAUGAGCUUUGGCUGAAUGAAGGCUUUGCCACUUGGGUUGGUUGGCUCGCGGUCGAUCAUUUCUAUCCUGACUGGAAUGUUUGGUCUCAGUUUGUCGCUGAAGGAGUACAACAAGCGUUCCAGCUCGAUUCCUUGCGCGCAUCUCAUCCGAUCGAGGUUCCCGUCAGGAAUGCUCUAGAGGUUGACCAAAUAUUCGACCAUAUCAGCUAUCUCAAGGGAAGUUCGGUGAUCCGUAUGCUGAGUGACCAUCUUGGUCGUCAGACUUUUCUUCGUGGUGUGGCCGAAUACCUGAAGAAACAUGCCUAUGGAAACGCCACUACAAAUGAUCUCUGGUCCGCACUCAGUAAGGCAUCGAAUCAGGACGUCCACAAGUACAUGGACCCGUGGAUUCGAAAGAUUGGCUUCCCCGUCGUUACUGUGGCAGAGGAACCCGGCCAGAUUAGCAUCCGCCAAAAUCGAUUCCUUUCGACAGGCGACGUGAAACCUGAAGAGGAUGAGACAACAUGGUGGAUUCCUCUCGGUAUCAAGUCCGGCCCCACGUUGACUGAAGUGAAUUCUCGUGCUCUUGUCUCGAAGACCGACACUGUUUCGGGUGUUGGUCAAGAUUCAUUCUACAAGAUCAACAAAGAUCUUUCCGGGUUCUACCGUACAAACUAUCCUGCUGAUCGCCUUGCCAAGUUGGGCCAGUCCUUGGACUUAUUGAGUACUGAAGACAAGAUUGGCUUGAUUGGUGAUGCUGCUGCCCUGGCUGUAUCCGGAGAAGGCACGUCUGCCGCGUUGUUGGCUCUCUUGGAGGGGUUCAAAAACGAGGAUAAUUACUUGGUGUGGUCACAAAUUUCAUCGUCUAUCGCAAAUCUCCGAUCCAUUUUCUCCCAGAACGAAGCGGUGGCUGCAGGAUUGAAGAAAUUCACCCUCGCGUUGGCAUCGUCCGCGGCUGAAAGGAUUGGUUGGGACUUCAAGCCGAACGAAGACUACCUCACCGUUCAGCUACGGAAGCUUUUGAUCAGUAUGGCCGGAUUUGCGGGUCAUGAGAGCAUUGUCACCGAGGCCAAAAAGCGUUUCGAUCUUUGGGCCACUGGCAGAGACAAGGACGCCGUGCACACAAACCUGCGCUCGGCAAUCUUCGGUAUCACGAUCUCCGAGGGUGGUCGUGACCAGUAUGACUCUGUCAAGGAAGAAUACAUCAGAACGGACUCUGUUGAUGGCAAGGAGAUCUGUCUUGCUGCACUCGGACGCACGAAAGACGCCAAUCUCGUCCAGGAUUACUUGGAUUUCGUUUUCUCCGACAAAGUGGCAAUCCAGGAUGUGCACAAUGGUGCUGUCUCUUUAGCGGGUAACUCCAAGGUCCGGCAUCUUCUUUGGGAAUUCAUGAAGAUCAAUUGGGACAUGGUUGAAGCCCGGCUGUCGGCGAACAACGUUGUCUUUGAGCGUUUUGUGCGGAUGGGCUUGUCGAAGUUUGCAGAUCAUCACAUCGGAGCAGACAUCGCUUCAUUCUUCCAGAACAAGGAUACUAGUGCCUAUGAUCGCGCGUUGGUGAUUGUCGCUGACUGCAUCCGAACCAAUGCAAACUACAAAGAAAGAGAUGAGAAGCUAGUCCUAGAGUGGCUUCAGGCUCAUGGUUAUGCCUGA